AGUUUACUCUCUCCUGAGCCAUGCCACAUGGGAUUCCAUGUCAUCAAUUAGGUGCAGAAGAGCGCAACACGUGUCCACUUAAACUAAACGCUGAGUUUCAUUUAUUCUGGUGUCCAUUCCGUUUGGGCUUUAGUGUGUAUUCGGGCUUAAUGAAACCCAACCCGGAUAAAGAGUAACUCCAGUUGUUAUGGAAACGCGUUGUUUCUGAUUUAGGGUUCAACACGUUCUUCAUCGAGAGCUAAGCUCAACCUAAGGUUUCCAUGGAGUUGUUUCAUCUCCUUCCUAACAAUCCGAAGAGCUAUCAGUUACAGAUUCAUCCUCUUAAAUCCACCACCACGUUCUACCUGUUCUUUCAUCUUCUUCCUAACAAUCCCAACGCUAUACAGAUUCAUCCUCUUAAAUCCACCAUCCACGAUCUACCUUGAAUGUGAUCUUCACGCAAGGCCGUGGAACCUUGACUAUAAAAAGACCGGACGCGUACGGCACAGUAGGAGGAGGAAAGCGGUAGCGAUGGAGGAGAGGAGGAUCAAGGCAAUGAGGGACCAGCCGUGUCCGGUUUGAAUCCGGUUGUUAUUGUAAUUUUCCCGUCCUUUAAAACUCAUGUUCAUCAUUAUUUUGACCACACAUGGUGAUUAGAUUCAUAUUUAUCAAAAUUAUUCUUUUUGUAUCAUAUAUUUCCUCUUUGCAAUAUGAUUUGAAUCUGUUGUUUAUUAUUAUUUUUCUCAUUCCAGUGUUCAUUGUCUUCCCAUUUACAAGCGACUGGGUUCUAUGUUUUACUUAAAACUUCAUUAUAUUCAGGUUCCUGGUCUCCACCUUUUGCUUCUAUAUAUCCAAUUGUCACCCUUUGGAAACCAAACCCUACACUUACUGUUUGUCCCACUUAACACAAGCUUCUGACCGUGCAGCUCCAUGUGCCUGUCAAGUUCUUUCUUUUGUUUAAGGCGGACACCGCCGAAGGUGCAGAGAUGUAUAAGGUCAUUAAAGAGACUACUAAUCACCGCAGGGUGAAGUUCACAGAUUUAUAAUGUGGUCUGGUGGGUGCUCUGUAGAGUUGUGUUGUAUCAGCUGAAGUUUAGCUGCUUGGUGGAGCUUCUUUGGGUGUGAUAAAGCUGUGAGAUCUAGAAGAAACAAAGAGUUAGUUGAUAAAUUUCAUGUGCUCCUUUUGAAGAGUUGUUUCUCCUUAUUGUCAAAUGUGGAUUAUGGAUAUUUCUUUCGUACAUAUCUAUCAUUUACUUUAAAUUAAUGAGGUCCACCAUUUUGAAUCUUGCUUUUGCAGUGCGUUGGUUAAAGCUUUUGUUGUAAGCUUGCAAACCACUAUUGCAACUAAACUAUAGAGGAUAUGAAAUAUGGCCAGGACGAGCAACAAAAUGUUAAGUUGGUGCAAUCCUUUCAAAGUUAACAUGGUAACAUGGAGAGAGUAGCUUUUGAAGGAACACAGAUCAUGAUAACGUAUGUUUCUCCAAAUGUGAUUUAAUAAGGAAGUGAAUCCCAUAAUCGAUUACCAAUUAUAUUAUUUUUUUGAAAACCCAAAUCAAGCUUUGACAAAAUAACAAUCGUCACCUACUAGCUUUGAUUUUCUCUAAGCCUUAAGAUGGCAGUUUUUCUGCUUCUUCCAUAACCACUAUAAAGAAAAUAUGAAAGGUUCAUCAGCAUUGAGUCUUUGAACAAGAAAAAGAGGAAAGUUAAUUAUAAAGGACAUUGGCGAGUCUUUAAAGAACCUUUCAAAGAGAUCCUGUUUAUCAACCUAUGUAUUGGCCAAUUCCAUGACGAUUAACCACCUAGAAAUUUCUGAUCAUCACUGAAUCACUGUUUCUCAUAUGGCUUUUCGCCAUAGCUUAAGAAAAAAAAAUUAGCAAAUAAAUAAAAUUUUAGUGAAAAGCACAUAAUCUAAUCCAAACUAUAUAUAUAACAUGCAAAAAAAAAUAAAAAAAAAAUAAUAAUUAAAAAAAUGAAAAAAGUUAUAAGAACAACACAAAAAAGGAAAACAUCAAAAACAAAAGCUAUUAUGCAAUUUAGUCAACCACAACAAUAUCUGCUCUCAGUAUCAUAUCAUAUAUGCAAAGAUCACAUGUAACUAAAUUAGUAACUAAAAAACUAUCAAAUCAAACUUAGCUAAGUUAAAAUUUCCGCUCAAAGCUAAAAAUUGACCUAUUUAUAUUUUAUUGCAGAGAAUUCAUGGUAAAAUUUGUUGCACGAGAUCUCUAGGAGACUUUCAGCUAAGGCGAAAUUAAGCUCUUUAUAAGUUAUCUUCUUCUUGAAAUGUUGCGUGAAUUAGACUCUUCAAUCAGUUCAAGUGAUUCUAUUUAGACUGAUUAUAAAUACAUCUCUCAUUCAACAAGUUAUAUUUCUUUUGGUUGGCCCUGCAAUUUACAGUAUCUCUUUUUCCUUUCAGUUUUCUUGAAUGCUUAAACCUCAAAGCAAAGCUCAAUAUAUACACCAUAGCCAAGAUACGUCGCAAAUCAAUGCAAGGAGUGACUGGAGUCUAGGGAAUGCACAAUCAUGUGAUAUGUAGAGCUGUUCUAUCAACAAGAGACAAUGAACAUCAGUGAAAUCAAAUUAAAUAGUCGGUUUUAGAUUGUUGUAAGGGUAAGUGUUUUUUUAUGUUUAAUAAAGUGACCACCCGAAUCUAGAAAUCAAUGAACAUUGAUGAAUAUGAUGCUUGCAACUCUCUAUUCUGUUAUAGUUUCUUUUAUUUACUGCUGCAAGUCCCAUGCUAUACACGAGUUUAGUACCAAAGCUCUUCAUCCAUGGAGAAGGUUAAAGUAUGCAACAAUCUAUUCAGGUUUGUUGUGUGAUUUUCUAAAUUUCUAAAAAUUGAUUUAACAAAAGAAUGGAGAGACUGGGGUGAAGAGUUGAUACUGCGGAUUCCAUAGCAUGCCACAUUUUGCAAUAACAUGUUAGAUCACAUUUUAGCUCUACUUUGUUCUUAAUAUUAAAUGAAAAUUUUUCAUCAACACAGUAGCUAAUGCGUAGAAAACAGGUUUGGCUACAAGGUUUUUAAGCAGUUGACUUUUAUUUAUUUUUAUGUUCUUCGGUUAGAGAAAAUUAUCAGCUUGGGGAUUUUCUAAAAAGUUACAAUUUUUUUAAGGCCAUUGCAAAUUAGUAGACAUUAAUUUACAAGAAAUAAUUUUAUUCAAUAAUAAAAUACAAUCAAUAUACAAUAAUCUAAUUAUGUAUGAUAAAAUUAUUGAAAGAAUUAUAUUUUAUAAGUUAGUCAGUAAUAUUUAUUUCAAAAAUUCUGAUCAAAGUAAUGGGUAACUUCAUUUUCAUAUAUAAUAUACAAGAUUCUAAUAAACAUGUAUACAUAUAAAUAGUAACAAUAGUUUCAUAUCGCGUAAACCCCCUAGAAAAGGUAGAAAAUUUUCUUUAUAUCACGUAAAUCAUUAGUUUUAUAAGUAAAUAAUUAUAUUUUAAAAUUUUAUUAUAAUUAUACAAGUUUAUAAUUUACAAAAUGAAGAAUAGAAUAGAUAGAUAAAAUUGCUGUAAAAUUAUAAAACUCAAUUCUAUUUUAACUUAAAAUUAAAAUAAAUUUGUACUAUUAAUUUUAUUCGCGUGCCCGCCCGUAGGGCGGGUUUACCCUAGUAUAUAUAUAUAUACUUCAUUCAUCUUCUUUGUAUUAAUUGUAUUAAAUAAGAUAAAUAAGUUCCACAAGAAAACAAAAGUUCAACUAUUAUCACAUAAUAAAUUCCGAAAAAAUAGAAAAUGUUACAAAAAUAUUCCAAAAACUUUAUGUGUUUGAUUUGGGAACUAAAUUUAUUUUUACCUUUGAAAUCAUAAAUAUAUUACUAACUAAAAAUAUUGGAUAUUUUCUUGUAUAUUGGCUAACUAUAUAUAAAUAAUCAUUUUUAUAUUUUGAGAUUGGUAUCAAAUGUGGAAUAAAAUGUCAAAAAUUGUUAAAGUUCUAGUGUGUUUUCACUUUGAUAUGUUUGUCUAUUUGGUUAUUGAAGAAUUUAAAAAACAGUUGAAAAGUUGUUUCAUAAAAAAAAGAUAAUAUGACGUUAUUUUCAAAAGUGAAACAUAAUAUUAAUUUUCACAUUGUAUACGAAUGACUUAGUUCUGUUCACUGACAAAAAAAACUAGAAAACAAUAGAAUCAAUCACAAUAUUAGAAAGUUUAUCUAAUAAAUAAUCAAACUUUGAUUGAAACUUUAACCCAAUUACCAAUCUCACAGCAUAUUAGCAGUAACAUUUUUGUAUGGAUAUCUUCUUUGAACAAAACUAUGGCAUUUGCAGAAAAACUUUGUUAACUUAACUUGUUAUCAUUUCUCUUUUGCAUAAAAUAGAACACAAAAUUGUCAAUUUGUUUUUUGCCUCUGGAACUGACACAACAGAGUAUUCUACAAUCAUCUUACAAUACCAUUUAACUUAAUCGUGUUUGUGGUUUAACAUUUCCCUUAUACGACAACGAUCAGAUUAGUCUUUUGUCAUUUUUUACUAAUAUGCAAAUAUAUUUUAUUAAUGUUAUUGUUUCGUCAAUAUUACAUGCAUUGGAAAGAUUCGAACAACCAUUUUUGUUGUAAUUAGGUUUACUUGCAGCGAGUCAUUAUGGCAGUUAUGAGCAAGUUCGUGCUUCUUCUGCAACUCCAAGAACAUAAUCAACUAAAAUGACUUUGAUAUGUGAUCAAUCAAAUGAUGCACAUGAUGAUAUUUUAUAGCGGCAUUUAUGAUGAUAAUUACGUGAUGUUCAUACAUGAUCUUGUUAGGGUUGGAAAUCCAGAGAAUUUUGAUCAAAAUUCAUUGUCCAUCUUCUGAAUUCUUUGAAGAAUGGAUUAGCUUCCAGGUCUUUGUUCCACCAUCUUGCUCGGGAUUUGAUGAAGUUGAAAACAUUUAGCUACUAUUAGUGGAGUUUACACAUCAGUUUUCAAAAUAUAAGUUUGAAGAAAAGCUUCUUUUCAAAGGAAAAAAUAUUGAUAGGGCUUGAAACUGAAUGGGAUGCUUUGUUGUUACUAAGUGAAAAAAUAAAGUAGAGACUGAAACUGAAUGGGAUGCUUUGUUGUUACUAAAUGUUGAAAAUUAGGGCCUGAUAGUAAGUAUAUGCUGGUAUGGAGAUUCGAAGUCACUACCAUUAGAUUAUGUGACACCAUCACUACCAUUGCACUAAUUAUACGGCCGGUAAAACACAUAUAUUUAUUUUGGGCCGGAAGCUCCAACUUCUAAUGCUUGGUAUCAGAGCCGCUACUGCUUAGAUGUUAUAAUUGACUAUAUGACAUGAGUUUAGAUCGAACCGCCAUGAGAUCAGUGAUGAUGAUCGCACUUACCAUGAGAAUGUAAUUGUCGCCAAACUUCAAAACUAGUUUUAUAUUCACGUUACUAAAAUCAAUAAAGGAGUCGAGGAUAAGCAAAGUUUAUCACAAUAAAUUUAGCAAUGGUUGCGACGAGGAGAUAAGCCAAGAUUAUCACAAAACUAGUUAACCACUACAAUAUAAAUAGAAAAUGUUACAAAAAUAUUCCAAAAAAUUUAUGUGUUUGAUUUGGGAACUAAAUUUCUUUUUACCUUUGAGAUCAUAAAUAUAUUACUCACUAAAAAUAUUGGAUAUUUUCUUGUAUAUUGGCUAACUAUAUAUAAAGAAUUAUUUUUUAUAUUGUGGGAUUGGUAUCAAAUGUGAAAUAAAAUGUCAAAAAUUGUUAAAAUUCUAGUGUGUUUUCACUUAGAUAUGUUUGUCUAUUUGAUUAUUGAAGAAUUUUAAAAACAGUUGAAAAGUUGUUUCAUAAAAAAAAGAUAAUAUGACGAUAUCUUCAAAAGUGAAACAUAAUAUUAAUUUUCACAUUGUAUGUUUAUGCAAAAAAAUAAGAUAAUGUCAAGUUCAACUAUAAGUUUCUACGAAUGACUUAGUUCUGUUCACUGACUACAAAAACCUAGAAAACAAUAGAAUCAAUCACAAUAUGUUGGCAAUGGCUACUGGUCUCAAGAUUCAGUAAAUAUUUGAUUUGUAAUGAUAUGAAAAUUCUAGCAUAUAUUAUAUGAUUUAGAUGGAAAGAAGGGUUGUGACAAAAAAAAAAGAUGGAAAGAAGGGACAAUGACAAAGAAUUCAUCAUUUUAUCAUGUACACUUUAAUUUUUCAAGUGUCAUAUUUGUGCAGUUAAAAAUGUUGAUUACAUGUCAGAUGCUAUUUUAUUUAACUGAGAAAUGGUACACGAAAUUUAAAUUAUACAUGACAAUUGAUGCACAAUUUUUCAAUGGUCUUUUAAUUUCAUUUAAAUCAACCAAAGUUAUUAAAAAGUUUAUCUAAUAAAUAAUCAAACUUCGAUUGAAACUUUAACCCAAUUACCAAUCUCACAGCAUAUUAGCAGUAACAUUUUUGUAUAGUCUUCUUUGAACAAAACUAUGGCAUUUGCAGUCUUGCAGAAAAACUUUGUUGACUUAACUCGUUAUCAUUUCUCUUUUGCAUAAAAUAGAACACAAAAUUGUCAAUAUGUUUUUUUACCUGUGGGAAAUGACACAACAGAGUAUUCUACAAUCAUCUUACAAUACCAUUUAACUUAAUCGUGUUUGUGGUUUAACAUUUCCCUUAUACAAAAACGAUCAGAUUAGUCUUUGGUCACUUUUUACUAAUAUGCAAAUAUAUUUUAUUAAUGUUAUUGUUUCGUCAAUAUUACAUGCAUUGGAAAGAUUCGAACCAUUUUUGUUGUAAUUAUUGGUUUACUUGCAGCGAGUCAUUAUGGCAGUUAUGAGCAAGUUCGUGCUUCUUCUGCGACUCCAAGAACAUAAUCAAGUAAAAUGACUUUGAUAUGUGAUCAAUCAAAUGAUGCACAUGAUAAUAUUUAGGGAAAAUUGGAAAUAUGGAAUAAAAAGACAAGUAGAUUGUCCCUUUGCCAUAAUAUGAAUUAUAAGUUGUCCUAAUGUCAUAAUGUUUUCUGUAAACCCAAUUAAACCCCUAAUCUAAUCUUUUAAACGUUUUUGUUAAUUUAAUUAUGUUAAAAAAAUAUUAUUAUUAUUUUUAAUUAAUUUAAUUAUUAAAAAAAAAAUACAAAAGGGGAAAAUCGACCAAAAUUUCCCCCAAGCUCGACGAACCCUAAUUGCUCUCUCCUCCUUUGGCGACAGAGAGAAAGGACGAUUUGAAGGGGAUCUCGCCGUCGCCGGUGUCGUUUUGGCCGGUAAUACUCCGCCGGUGUUCUUCUUCUUCUUAAUCGAAGUCUCAGAGACCUCGUCUCACUUCGCGACUCGUUCUCAAUUAAGUCGCCGAAGACCGCUGAAGCUCGUACCUCGCCGAUAACUGAACUCGUGCCUCACCGCUCCGCUCUCACUCUCUCAGCCAUAGUUUCAAGCAAACCAAUCGAUUCUCCUCAGGUAUGACAAUUGAUCAGUUGCCUAAAUGCUUAUUCAAAGAGGGAACUGAAACACAAGUUGAGAAGGUCAACAACAGUUGUCGAACUUCCAUACUUGCGAAGGUGGCGAAGUACUGUCCAGACGAGUACAAAGAAGUGUCGGAGGAUCCGCUAUUUGCUCAGAUUGUGGCCAUUCAUGUACACAAGCUUCAGUUUUCGGCAAGAGCGAUCCACACCUUCGUUUGCAAGCAGCUUCUGUCCGCAAAGCGUUAUGAGUUGUGGUUCCAUUAUGCUAGGAGGCCUCUCAGAUUUUCAAUGCAAGAAUUCUAUGCCAUCACAGGUUUGAAAUACAAAGACGAGCCCGACUUGGAGAUUGAUGACUGGGCAUAUGAUGGAGGGUUUUGGAGUAAGUUGCUAAGGAGACAGAAAAAUAUUUCGGUUCAGCAAAUCAGGAAGGUUCAUGUGAAGUUGUGUAAUACAUGGUCUCGUGUUGAUAGGCUGCGGUUGGUCUAUUUGUGUGUGAUUGCUGGUAUUCUUAUGGCGAAGGAUGAGAAGGUGUGGAUCCCAUACAAGUACAUCAAGCUCGUGAUGAACUUCGAGAAGAUGAGGAAAUAUCCGUGGGGUCUUCACUCUUUUGAUAUGCUGGUGAGUUCCAUUAUCAACGCUAGGGAUAAAGUGAAGACGCAAAACAGUUAUGUCGUAGAUGGAUUCUCGUAUGCACUUCAGAUUUGGUUGAUGGAAGCUGUUCCGGACAUUGGGUCUCUUUUGGGUCAGAAACUGAGAGAAGGCGUGACUACCAUGAGGUGCAGGAAUUGGAAAGGAUCUGCUAAGAUUUCCUAUGAGGAUAUUAUUACCAUAGAGUCUAAUUUUGCUUCCACCGGAGAUGUGUUUCCAUCCAUUUCUACAUCUGGAAAUUUCAAAGACGUGAUUACUGAUGCCGAGUUUGUUCGAGCCUGUGAGAUGAAGGAUGAAAGAGUUGAUCUAAUCAUUGACAUGCAGCGAAACAAGUAUGACUGGAGUAAGCAUGUUUGGGCUUAUAAGGAAACAGUGAAACCAUUUCAGUACAGUUCUGAGGAAGAUGGUUCAGAUGAGGAAGCGGCUGUAGAGACAAGUGAAACUGAAAUUGAAGAAGAAAUAGAAAGCACCCGUGUGUCUCCUACUAAGAAGAGGAAGAACAGGUUUCGGGAUACUGGUGCGGAGUCGAGGAAGAAGAGGUUACUUUGCCAAAGAUCAACCGAGAAAUAUAGAGAUCUUGAAGAGGAAAUGAAGUCCUAUAUCCAGAGUAUGUUUAACUCUUCUUUUACUGCCUUAGGCCUCGAGGUACGCGAGAUUAUUGAAGACCGCUUUACCAAAUUAGAGGAGAAGAUCCUUUCAUCUCAGACUCAGGGUGGUGCGCCUGCUAAUACUCAGACUCGUGGUACUGAUCCGUUUUGGACUCCUUCUGCUGCUGCUGCUGCUGCCACUGCUCCGGCUUCGGUUUCUGGUCGUCCUCCUGCUCCUACUCGGGCUUCUACCGAAGCUCCUGCAUCAGUUUCUACUCGUGGUCUUGCUCCUUCUCGCAGUGCGGCUUCUGCUCCUUAUCGCAGUCGAGCUUCUGCGACUGCUCACAAUGGUGGGCCUGCGAAUGCUGCGAAGACAAGGUCUCAGACAAAGGAUGCAGAUUUGUCUGAUGUGUUUGGCAGCUUAUUUAGCACCUUAGAUGUGAAUAUAGGGACCCAAGAGUACUUACAGAAGACAAUGGGUAACCUUACACAAGAGUCAAAUGUUGACGGUUUUGAUCCAUCUCAAGACAAGCAGUCCGAAGGACCUUCUGAUUUCACUACGCCAAUGACUUCGUUUCGGCCACAGAUCUUCAAAACACCAUUCUUGGUUGAUAGUGAUGAUCUAGAAGUUCGUUGCAAAGCGAAAGACUACGAGCUAGUUUUCCUUCCAGAAGAGAAAUGGGCCAAACUAACUGAAUGGACAUUGAAUCCCACGUAA